AUGUUCUACACAUUUCAGAACAACUGCUCGUCGAGGAAACAGUCAAAAUCAAAACCUCAUAAAAUGGACGCUGAUUUAACAAAAUUCAUUGGGUUGUUGGGUGUGUCAAUCAACGAAAAUACGAAUUUAACACCGAUACUUUCACAACACUGGAGUUUUACAGCAUACAAUGCACAACAUCCAGAAAAUAUAUAUGAAUUAAAUUUCAUAAAAUGGCAGCUGGAAGAGAAGGUAAAAGCAAACCCAAUACUGGACACAAUCACGUCACCGAAACCUUACCAAUCACCCAUUAAUACACAAUACGUUAUCCCCUCUCCGCAACGAACAAAUACGCCACAAGCAUCGCCACAAAGACCAAUAGUUAAUAGUCAACCCUCAUCACCCGCAAUCCUUGGCGAAAAGACAGACUACCAUGCACUUCCCGACAAGCUAAAACAAUUAAAAAAAUAUGUGAACAAUGUCGAGGGUACCUUUAGCGCAUUCAGUUUGGUCAAGGAAAAACCCAAUACCCCUUUGCCCAUCAUCGUCGAUGAUAAUCAACAGACUGAGAACAAAACCGAAGAAGAACCCAUAAGCAUAGCUAAUGAACUACCCGACGACUACGACCUGAUCGAAGACCUGAUGACGAGUCCAGACAAAAAUACAAUCGCGCACGUCUAUACUACACCGGUUAAAAUGGUUCAUCGGGGCAAGGAUGUUUUAGCGGCAAAAAAACAAUUCGCUAAAGAACAGGAAGAUGAAGAGGAAUUGAAAAAAACAAAAACAAGACCACAACGCAAACGUAAACGAGAAUGCGGUCGACCUACUAACGACGAGCAAUUAAUUCGUCUCGAAGAAGAUUUCAACGAUAUGGCCGCAAUGCAGCUAACACGUCAAAAACUAACACUGCCGGACUCGAAAGGAAAACCGAAAAAAUCUAGAACUAUCUUGACAAAAAUACAGCACGAGAUCGUUGUUAACACGGGUCGCGAAUUCGACUCUUACGAACUGUUUACAGACGAGCGUGAGGAGUGUCUGAAGAUAAUUCAAGAAAAACGACAGAAAUUACAAAAAAUCAACUCGGCCGAAUACGUGCUCUACUCGCUGACAAAAAAACAAGACAAUAGUGACUCUAGUUCCUAG